UCAUGACACGCGUGUCUGCAUCCCCAGCGCGCGCAGGACCUGACGCAAGAGGACUAUAAAGCAACCAAAACGAGACUUUAAGAGAGCCGGACACGCAUUGAGGGUGAUGCCAACAUCCAGAGAUCAUCUGUGCUACCAUCAUCACCACAACCCGAAACCCGAUCUGCCCGGGACUGACACCGCGCACGCUUCUGCGUUCUUUCCGCUGCUGUGUAUCCAGCGGACGAUGUGAAGACAUUCGCAAGCGAUGCGUUUCGUGCGCGUGUGCCAGCCGACUGGGACGCGUUGAAAUCUAUGACAUCAGUUACACGAGGAGAUUAUUUUUGUGAAAAUACCGACUAGGAAGUGAAGAUACCGACGCUUGCAACUAUAGAUUUAUUUGAGUUAAGAUCACGAGGACUUCAUGCGGUCGAAUAAUCGCUCGGAAUUCGCGAAUACUCGAUAUCGUUUUUAAAACUCUACUAGAUUGUAAAAUUGAUUUUGACUUUAUUGUCUAAAAUUGUUUUAUAUUGCAACAUCUAAGAUCAACAUUUGGAUUUUAAGGCAGUGAAUUUACCAAACUAUUAGGUUACACCAGUUAGAGUACCUGGGGUGGGACAGCUCGGGUAAAAGUAUCUCUGUGGAGUAACAACUAAACAAUUGUAAUUUUUUGGCAGUGGGUGGAUCCUACUGGAAAGCUGUGUUGACACUUGUGCUCUUGACUUUGAUGGGAUAUUUAAACCCUUGUUUCCGAUCUUCAUCAUUUGCCUUCAGGUUCAUCUGUAAAGAUCAACUAACCAUCUAAACGUUCCUCACCGACUACUUUAAAGAAGACCCUCGCGAACCAUGGAUCUCAAAACCGAAUCCGACGAUAACCUGGACUGCCAGCGUCCGGCACCCAUCGAGGUGUUCGCCAGCCGCUCGACCCUUCACGGCAUCUCGCACGUGUUCAGUUACGAACGCCAGUGCGUUAAACGCUUCAUUUGGAUCUUGUUUUUCCUGGGCUCGUUUUCGUUUCUGGUGAUGGUGUGCGUGGACCGCAUCAAGUUUUACUUCCAGUACCCCCACGUCACGAAGCUGGACGAGGUCACGGCACAUAAGAUGACGUUCCCCGCCGUGACCUUCUGCAACCUGAACUCUUUCCGCUUCGACAGCGUGAGCCGCAACGACCUGUAUCACGCAGGCGAGCUGCUCGCGCUGCUAAAUCGCAGGUAUGAGAUCCGGGACACACACCUGGUGGAGGAAAGCGUCCUCAAGACUCUGAAGGAAAGGGCGGACUUCUCCAGCUUCAAGGCCCGGCCAUUUAACAUGCGUGAGUUCUACGACCGCACGGGUCACGACAUCAAAGAAAUGCUGCUGUCCUGUUACUACAGAGGAGUGGAAUGCAGCGCAGAGGAUUUCAAAGUGAUCUUCACCCGCUAUGGAAAAUGCUACACAUUUAACUCCGGUCAAGACGGCCGGGAUCUGUUGAUCACUAUGAAGGGCGGGAUGGGGAACGGCCUGGAGUUGAUGCUGGACAUCCAACAGGACGAGUACCUGCCCGUGUGGGGCGAGACCGACGAAACGUCAUUCGAGGCCGGGAUUAAAGUUCAGCUCCACACGCAGGACGAGCCGCCCUUCAUCGAUCAGCUGGGAUUCGGUGUGGCUCCCGGAUUCCAGACGUUCGUGUCCUGUCAGGAACAGAGGUUGACGUUUCUUCCUCCGCCGUGGGGCGACUGUAAAUCAUCAGCUAUGGAUUCAGAUUUCUACAGCUCGUACAGCAUUACGGCCUGCCGCAUUGACUGCGAGACGCGUUAUCUGGUGGAGAACUGCAACUGCCGCAUGGUGCACAUGCCCGGAGACGCUCCGUACUGCACACCGGAGCAGUAUAAAGAGUGCGCCGAUCCGGCUCUAGAUUUUCUGGUGGAGAGAGACAACACGUACUGCGUGUGCGAAACGCCCUGUAACAGCACUCGAUACAGCAAAGAGCUUUCUUUCGUCAAGAUCCCCAGCAAAGCCUCCGCUAAAUAUCUGGCAAAGAAGUACAACAAAACCGAGCAGUACAUCGCAGACAACAUCUUGGUUCUGGACAUCUUCUUUGAGGCUCUGAACUACGAGACCAUCGAGCAGAAGGCAGCGUACGAGUUGGCCGGUCUUCUGGGUGACAUCGGUGGACAGAUGGGAUUGUUCAUUGGUGCGAGUAUCCUCACCGUACUGGAGCUCUUUGACUAUCUGUAUGAGGUGAUCAAGUUUAAAUUUUGUCGCUGCAAGAACAAAAAGCAGAGGGCCAAUAACAACGAGAGAGGAGCUGUUCUCAGCCUGGACGAUGUAAAGCAUCACGCUCCCUGUGACAACCUUCGUACCCCAUCGACUUACACAGGCAACAUGCUACCUCAUCAUCCCGGUCAGGGUAACUUCGAAGACUUCACCUGUUGAGAAACACAAGAGCGUCCGUGUGAUGGAGAUCAGAACAUCAGAGCAUCACAGACCCAUCACGACCAUUACAAAACACGCGGAACCGAACAACACGGGAAGAAAAACACGUAACCAAUUCUGCGUAUAUAUUCACAUGAAAAUGUGCCAAACUUUUUCGCGGAACCUGCAAAGGAAAUACUGCCUCAAAACUCCCGGAAGCCUCGUGACGGUGGAUCUUCUGACGAGGACUUUCUUGUAUCGUGACUCGGACAUCGAAUCAGCCUCUCACAGCUGGACCCUGAUGCCUUUGUGUACAUAGCGACUGUUCUAAACUGUUCUCAGAUCAGCGGCUUACGUAGAUCAGUAGAUAAAUAUAGCGCUUAACUCACUGUAUGUAGCCUCAUGAUAGUCUCACUCAUUCAGUAUCUCAUGAGAAUGUAAAUCUUCUGAAUGGAGAGUUCAGAUUCAGCCGUUCUGAUUUCAUCCUGUAAAUGCAUGCUGAUCGUCCUGUGCAUGGUUUUAUUUUGAUCAACAUUUCAUCAUCAUUAUUAUUAAUAUCGCCAGUUUGCCACCAUUAUAAACAGGCUUAAGAAGACGCCAUAAUUGAGUUUGCGUGUGUGGAUACAAUUUCUCUAAAUGACUGUAACAUGAUGAGACAACAACACCAUAUAUGAAGAGUCUUUAGAAGAAAAUACAGUUGAAACACAACGAGAAUAAGCUCUUCAGUUUUCUCUCUUGGUUGUUUUAUUUGGAGACAAACUUGGACUUGCAUAAUAUCAACAUAUGAGCAGCAUCUAAAUUGUAAAAAUGUAUCUGAUGUAGAAGGAUGUGCGAAUGUUUACAAAUCUCAUUUAUGUUCUUAGAAUGUUGAAAUAGAUUUUAUUGACAUUGAAUGAUACAUCUGAGAGACAGAUUUGUUAAGUGUGUACUGAGUGUGUUUCCAAACAAAGGUAUACUAAACAGGUGUGUGUGCGCACCUUCAUUUAUGUGUAAUUGUUUGAAAGUUUAUUUGUUGUGUAUGCGCGCACAUUCAUUUGUGUGUGUUUGGGUGAAGAUGUUUGCACGUACAUAUGUGUGUGUGUGUGUGUGUGUGUGGGUGUGUUCAGUUGUGUAUGAUUGUGUGAAAGUUUAUUUGUUGUGUGUGUGUGCACAUUCAUGUGUGUGUGUUUGGGUGAAGAUGUUUGCACGUAUGUGGGUGUACAUUUGUGAAUGAUUGUGUGAAAGUUUAUUUGUUGUGUGUGUGUGCACAUUCAUUUGUGUGUGUUUGGGUGAAGAUGUUUGCACGUAUGUGCGUGUUCAUUUGUUUAUGAUUGUGUGAAAGUUUAUUUGUUGUGUGUGUGCACAUUCAUUUGUGUGUGUGUGGGUGAAGAUAUUUGCACCUAUGUGUGUGUUCAUUUGUGUAUGAUUUUGUUAAAGUUUAUUUGUUGUGUGUGUGUGCACAUUCAUUUGUGUGUGUUUGGGUGAAGAUAUUUGCAUGUAUGUGUGUGUUCAGUUGUGUAUGAUUGUGUGAAAGUUUAUUUGUUUUGUGUGUGUGCACAUUCAUUUGUGUGUGUUUGGGUGAAGAUGUUUGCACGUAUGUGGGUGUACAUUUGUGAAUGAUUGUGUGAAAGUUUAUUUGUUUUGUGUGUGUGCACAUUCAUUUGUGUGUGUUUGGGUGAAGAUGUUUGCACGUAUGUGGGUGUACAUUUGUGAAUGAUUGUGUGAAACUUUAUUUGUUGUGUGUGUGUGCCACAUUCAUUUGUGUGUGUUUGGAUGAAGAUGUUUGCACGUAUGUGGGUGUUCAUUUGUGUAUGAUUGUGUGAAACUUUAUUUGUUCUGUGUGUGUGCAUUCAUUUGUGUGUGUUUGGGUGAAGAUAUUUGCACGUAUGUGUGUGUUCAUUUGUGUAUGAUUGUGUGAAACUUUAUUUGUUCUGUGUGUGUGCAUUCAUUUGUGUGUGUUUGGGUGAAGAUGUUUGGACAUAUGUGUGUGUUCAUUUGUGUAUGAUUGUGUGAAAGUUUAUUUGUUUUGUGUGUGUGCACAUUCAUUUGUGUGUGUUUGGGUGAAGAUGUUUGCAUGUAUGUGUAUUUGUGUGUGUGUUCAUUUGUGUGAAAUUGUGUGAAAGUUUAUAUGUUGUGUGCAUGCACAUUAACACAUUCUUUGUGUAAAGAUGUUUGCACGUAUGUGUGUUUUGGGGUCUGUGAAGGUGUGUAUGUGCACAUGUGUUUAGAUUUAUCUGUGCACACAUACAUGUGUUUGGAUGAAGGUGUGUGUGUGCGUGUGUGUGUGUGUGCAUGUGUGUGUGUGCGUGGGUGUGUGCGUGGGUGGUUCAGUCGUCUGGUUCGACUGCUGUUUUCUGUCAUCAUUUGAAUUCUGCUCAUGAACGUGAGCUGUUGAUUGUUUAUUUGACUUUUGUCUUGCAGCGACAUAUUUGUCAGCAUCAUAUCAAAGCACAACGACCGCUGAUAUGUAAAGGAAAUCGAAUGAUCAAAUAUUAUUAUCUGUGUUAUUAUCAUUAUAUUCAGCUGAUUCAUAAUACUACGUUUAGAUCUUUUGUUGUUGUUUUUACGACAAACACACAUAUUGCCUGAUCGUCCGUCAGCAUCUGCAGAUAAUAGGCUGUUCU